CCCGCCACUAUCGCGCAUAUCGACCAAGUAAUCCGUCCUACGAAACCGAAUACUAUGACCACAGUGGGGUCUAUAACUCGGCAAAUUGCUGCACUUGAGUUGUCGGCAAAGCAGAACACCACUGCCAACAAGACCCGCCCGACACACCAGAAACAAGGGAGCGGCAACGUCUCGAAAUUGCUCACGAAAUUUGCGGCUCCUAAUCCCCCAACCUCGAAGUCGAUCAAGCCUCAAGCAUCGAAUUCUUCUAUCAGUCGACUUCCUACCGCCGGUGGCCAAGUUGGUGGCAAGUCUACGAAGGCACCGACACCAUUAUCAAGAGAGGCCACACAGCCUGCUAUAGACAUUGGGAAAUAUGACGGAGGACUAGAAAUUGAUGAAGAGAAUAGAGGGAAGAGGGUUUAUGGCGAAGCUGCUGAAGACCUUGCUUUGGACUCUAGUGUUAUCGAGCACCAGCCUACUCGUGAAUGGCACCUUUCAGACUUUGACAUUGGGCGACCUCUGGGCAAGGGCAAAUUUGGGCGCGUUUACAUGGUGCGCACGAAGUGCGAGCCAAAAUAUAUCCUCGCCCUCAAGACGUUGUACAAGUCCGAAAUCGUCGAGUCGCGCGUGGAGAAGCAGACACGACGCGAAAUCGAGAUCCAGCAGAACCUGCGCCACCCACACAUUCUCCGAUUAUAUGGUUAUUUCCACGACGAGAAGCGCAUCUUCCUGAUGAUCGAGUUUGCAGGCAAGGGCGAGCUGUACAAGCAACUGAGCAAAUACGGGUGCUUCACGGAGAAGCGGAGCUCGCGCUAUAUCGACCAGAUGGCGGACGCUCUGGAGUACCUUCACUCGAAGCAUGUUAUCCAUAGGGAUAUCAAGCCCGAAAACCUACUGCUUGGGAUCAAUGGGGACCUGAAGAUUGGCGACUUCGGCUGGAGCGUGCAUGCGCCGGGCAACAGGCGGACGACGAUGUGCGGGACCCUGGAUUACCUUCCACCGGAGAUGAUUGAAGGGAAGGAGCACUCAAAGGAGGUAGAUCUUUGGGCGCUCGGAGUGCUCACGUAUGAAUUCCUCGUUGGGUCUGCACCCUUCGAGGAACGUUCACAUAACGAAACGUACAAGCGGAUCAUGCGAGUUGAUUUGCGCAUCCCCUCCCGCGUGUCACCUGAAGCAGCGGACCUAAUCGUCAAACUCCUCCAGCAUGAACCGCACCACCGCCUUCCCCUCUCUGAAGUGCGUAAGCACCCCUGGAUACUCAAGUACCGGUCACGUAGCUCGAACUCUCAGCCGCAAAACUAGCGGAUGCGGGGGGUAUGAGACUGCUUGUUGAUUUAUUGUAGCAUAAGUAUAUCACAGUACAGAUAUGGACCCUUUAGGCUUUCGCAUCUCAUGCCUUGCUUGUUUCUUAGAUCCUCUCCGUGCGUACCUCAUAUAUCCGUAUUGCAUUGCAUUACACCGUUGUCUGGCAGGUUUCUAGUGUCCGAUAAUGAGCUGUAUUGGCACAUGAGGGACGCGAUGGCUCCUGUAGUCGACGAGUUUACUCCGUCCACCAACGUUAUCCUCGC